AUGGGUAUGUCUAUCAGAAGUGGUGCUCAGACUAAUGCAUGGUGUGAUAACUGGUGCCCCUUGAGUCCGAUUAGUACAUUCAUUACGCCGAGAACCAUCACUAAUGCGGGUUUCAAUAUGUACUCUUCAGUUGCCGAUAUAGUUGAUGAUUCGGGCGACUGGAGAUGGCCUGAGGCUUGGUAUGACCUGUUUCCUGUGUUGAUAAACUUACAACCACCAUCUGUUGUUCACAAUGUUCCAGAUAAGCCUACGUGGAAAGACUUGGAUGGUAAAGAUAGUUAUUUCAGCUCUAAGGAAGUUUGGAACAACAUUAGGAGUCGGGGUGCUACGGUGUCUUGGUUCAACAUGAUAUGGUUUUCCCAAUGUAUUCCAAGACACUCGUUCCAUCUGUGGUUGGUUAUAAGAAACAAACUCAAAACUCAGGAUCGUCUUAUGACUUGGGAAGCGGGGAGUGAAACGAACUUAAGACUUAUGUGUUGUCCGAUUUGUCGCUAUGAUCGUGACUCACGUGACCACCUAUUCUUCCAAUGCAGCUUUGCGUCGCAAGUGUGGAAUAAUGUUAAAACUAUGGUUAGUUUGGAGAAUGUUAAUGACUCUUGGGCAUCCGUCUUUGCAUGGAUGGAACAAACGGCUUCCUCAAAGACGUCGAAUGUUAUUGUGGACAAGAUUCUGAUUGAGGCUACGACAUAUUUUAUAUGGCAAGAACGAAAUGCUAGACUUUUCUCUCAUAUCCACAAUUCGGCUGAAACGGUGAUAAAAAUAAUCAAGAACACAGUCAGGUUAAAGCUUAUGGGAUUCAAGUUCCGUGGAAGCGCAGCUCGGAACAGAGUGCUAAAGGCAUGGAAUAUUUAUUCCAAUGAAGAGGAACUAGAUCCGGGCUAG